AUGAUGAGCUUUCUCAGAUAUUUUUCUUUAAUACCAACUCAUCUUGAAACUUAUUUUGCUUUUAAAAAUAAUACUACCAAUGGUGAUGGUGAUCAGGAGGGUACAACUGAUAGAAGGAGAUCUAGAAGAUUUAUUAGAUUUGACCUUUCUUUUGAAGAUAUUGAUAAUGAAGGAAAUUGUAUAUUUAAUGGAAGUAGAGAUGAUAAUGAACUUGAAAAAAUAAAUGAUACAGAGUCUGAUAAAGUUUCUUUAUGGCAUUUUAAUGGGAAAAGUUAUAAAGAAGAAAAAAUUUCUAAAAAUGAAAAGAAAAGAAAAAGUAGAAGAGGAAAAAAAAGAAGGAGAUUAAAAAAUAGAAUGGCACAGUCCUCUCAAAGUUCAUCCACUAAUUAUAUUCUCCAUAAUAUAUAUCAUUCUACUAGUGACAAGCAUAUUCAUAUAUCAGGAAAAAGGCGAAAUUUACCUACUAGUGAUAAAAGGUCUUUAUAUAAAGAUAUUGUAGCUGUUCAAGAACCACCUAUCAAUGGUUACUAUUACAAUUAUAUUAUAGAUGAUGAAAUGAAUAGUCAAAUAUCAAAUAAAAAAAAAAAUAAUAUAGAAAAAUAUUUGUUUACUAGUACUCAUCCUUCUACAACUAAAAUUCCUCUUCAGAUGCAGGUAACUGAAUUUGGAGAAAUUAAAAAUAAGAAAAUUAAUUGUGUUCCAAAAAAAGUUAAAGCAAAACAACGAGAGGUUAAUGGAAUGGCUUCAAAAGUUUUUGAUUCUACUGCCAGGACUCCAGAAUCCUUGUCUAAUGGUGAAAUAAUUCUUCAAGAAAAAAAUAAAAAUAGUAUUGUGUGGAGAAAUAUUUGUCCAGAAAAUUAUAAUAAAAUUAAUGUUCAGAGUUAUCUUAUCACAAGUAUGGAUGGUAAAAGUUUUGAUUUGAAAAAAAAAUUAGAAUAUAUGGAACUAAAAGAUGAGGAAGAAAAUAUAAAUGACAUUUUGCCUAAUGAAGUUUUAUUACGGGUCUUUUCAUACUUGGAUAUGAAGUCGUUAUGUCAAGGAGCACAGGUAUGCAAACUAUGGAAUAGUCUUGCAAUGAAUGGAGCUAAUUGGAUGGUUGUUAAUUUCUUUGACUACCAGAAAGAUAUCAAACCAUCUGUUGUUGAAAACAUUUCAAGAAGAAGCGGAUAUUUUUUAAGAAAACUUUCUUUACGUGGUUGUCAAAAUAUUCAAGAUGGAGCUUUAAGAAUUUUUGCUGUUAAUUGUAGAAAUAUUGAAGCUUUAUCAUUAGGUAAUUGUAAAAAGAUUACUGAUUUGACCUGUGAAUAUUUGGGUAAAUAUUGUAAGUAUUUGAAAUUCCUUGAUUUUGAAAAUUGUUUGGAUAUCACUGAUAUUGGUAUUAUGGCAAUUGUCAAUAAUUGUACAUUAUUGGAAGAAAUUAACUUUAAUUGGAAUAAAAAUAUUCAAGAUAAAGGAAUAACCUAUUUAUUAUCAAAGUGUAAAAAUUUACGGAAGUUACUUGUUAAAGGUUGUAGUGGAUUGACAGAGAAUUGUUUUGAAAGAACUUUAAAUGAUAUUUCAUUAAGAUUUACCAAUUUGGAAUAUUUAAAUAUUUCUAAUUGUAAUACAAUUAAUGAUAAUGGUGUUAUGACAUUAUCACAAAGUCUUCGUUCCCUUAAAACUUUAGAAAUGGCUGGUGGUGAAUUGUUGAGUGAUUUAUCAAUUCAAUUUGUAGCUAGAUUUUGCAAACAAAUAAAAAAACUUGACAUUGAAGAUUGUUCCUCACUUACAGACAAUUCAUUAUAUUACAUUUCUAAAGGUUCCUUUAAUUUGGAACAUUUAGUAUUAAGUCAUUGUGAAGGAAUAACAAACAACGGUAUUAAAAUACUAGCAGAAGGUUGUACUUAUUCAUUAAAAGAAUUAGAGCUAGAUAAUUUACCAGAAAUUAAUGAUAAUGUAUUUGAGCAUCUUUAUGAGUUUAAAAGUCUCCGUAAGGUUUGCCUUUUUGAUUGUCAAAAUAUUAGUAAAGCAGCAAUAUCUAAAUUUGAAGAAAGUAGAAAUUAUGAAACUACUGUUCAAGCAUACUUUGCUCCACCAACUCCUCAAGUCGUUGACCCACCACCGGCUAGAGGAAUAUGCCGUUGCUGUACGAUUCUUUAA